GGUGAAAAAAAAAAGGAAAGGAGAUACAUUUUGACGAGAAAAUAAAAGUUUUUCUUUAACAUGAUAAAAAGAUAUCAAAAGUUUGUAUCGACAAAAUUGUCUCGAGUUGGAAUCGAUAUCAACACGGCUUCCCGCCACCUGAAAGCUUCCAAAGUCUGACUAUUUUAUUACCACAAACACACACGAUUGACCAUUGUCAUCAUCCUCAGUAAUAAAAGCAGCAGCAGGACAACAGAAAAUCUUUUAAGCAAGGACAACAAUUAUUAGGAUGAUAACUUGUUGGGUUUUAGCUGGUGCCCUCGGUGCCGUUGUACUCCUUCAUUUACUCGUCGAAGUACAUUAUUUUCUUCGUAUGUUCUUCACAGUCUUCCUAGCAAGAUUCUGUAAAAAGAAAAUUCAUAUACUUGACGAAGCAUCGGUAUACGGUAUUUGCACUACGACUGACGUUGACACUUUACUUUAUCAUAUGAACAAUGCGAGAUACCUACGUGAACUGGACUUUGCUCGGGCUGACUUUUACGAACGAACGGGUCUCUAUCGUGAAAUUUGUUCUCAAGGAUCAGGUGUUGUGCAAGGUGCUGCAACGAUACGUUAUCGUCGAUUCCUUAAACCUCUUACAAUUUAUAAAAUAACUUCAAAGAUCAUCUAUUGGGACGAGAGAACGAUUUUUAUGGAACAUCGUUUUGUCACACCAAACGAUGGAUUUAUUCGAGCUAUAGCUAUCUGCAGGCAAAGACUUUUAGACUGCAGUGCAGAGACGGUUAUGGGUACUCUCGUAGAUCGAGGUGUUAAACAAAAUGGUAACGUCGAGUCGGGUGUUACACAGGUAACUCAUGUGAGGCCUGAAAUACCCCCGGAUGUAGCAAGAUGGUUGGAAAGCAAUGAAAUAUCUUCAGCAAUUCUUCGACAAUCUAAUACACCUACGGUAAACACCAUAACAACAACAAUGACGACUACGACGACUACGACAACAACUACGGCACCGUCAUCGAUUUGCUGACAAAAUGAUAAUGCGACCACUGGUGGUAUCGCAGAAACAACUAUCUACGUAACGACUACUGUUUAAUAAAAAUUAACGGUACGUGACUAAAAAAUAAAAGCACUGUGCUAAUAUUUAUAUAAUAUGUUAUCUAUAUUCGUUUAAAACAACGUCAACAAGUGAAUUAAUCUUCCUUCAUUUAUCAACUAUUCAUUUUACUUAUAAGAUUCUUUCUAUAUUUGCAAAAUGAAUAUCCAUUAUUUUUUCUUUCUGCAAUUCUUUACUCAUUAAUCAUAAAUAUUAUGUAUAUAUGUAAAAAAAAAAAAAAAAAAAGAAGAAAGAAAAAAGAAAUGAAAAUAAUAACACGGUGCUUUAAAUCGACUCUGCUCAGGGCUAUUAUUUGACAACCGAAAAGAAAAAAAAAAAAGAAGAAAUAUUUAAAAUUAAACAUUUAAAAUAUAAGAUAUGUUUAGACAUUCUUAUUGUGUUGCUUCGAGUUACGAAUAUACAGAGCCAAACAAAAAAAAGAUAAAUUUUUUUUCAAUGAAAAUAUGCUUUGGCGAGAUAUGAAUUAUUUGAAACGAAAUUAUAAAUAAUUUGAUGAAGACGAAUGUAUGAACUAACAUGCACCGAUACGUGAAAUUCCGUGCAAUAUUAUUAUAAUAUAAUACAUAUGUAUUAUGUAUAUAAAAAUAUAUGUAUGCGUUAUGUUUCCUAGAAACUUUGAGGCAUAAAAUAAUGACACUUUUAUGUAUUACUCAUGUAAUUAUAUACGGGAUAUUUAAACUUGACUUAAUUGGUCAUUCGAAAUACCUUAAAUGAUUGAUAUCAAGAAUUCAAGAUUAUUUAUCCAGUAUAUACAAGGUAUUUUAAAAUAUGUAGACGUAACUUCAGGUGUGCUUUCAAUACGCUAAAAUAAGAAAAACAAAAGUUCAUACAAUCAUAUAUGCCCAAUAUGGUUUUGAAGUUACAUCCGCAUAAUUUGAAACAUUCUUAUACGUAAAUGUAUUGGAAAAAAUGUUUGGAAAAAAAAAAAAGGAAAAUCUAUAUAUGAACCGAUAAUUACGAGAAUGGCCUAAGUCAUUUAUAUAUUUAUGUAGAAGUUUUAUUUAAAGUUUUGAUUUGGUUCAUUUUGAUAAUUAUUACUCAUAUAUAUAUUUGAUUUGUUGGGUUAUUUGUGACAAGGGAAAAAGGUAUAUUGUUUAUAUAAGUUUUCAUCAUUAUUACAUAUUAUCAUUAUUCUCGAAUUUAAUUGGAUUGACAUGAAUUUACUUACGCAUCGAUAUAAAUAUAUUUAUGUAAUAUCUACGAGCUUUAUAUCAAUUUUAUGUAAGAUUUUUUUUUUCCAAUCUCUUUUUUCCUUUCAUAUUAAAAACAAAUUUGAAUCUUUAUACUCGGGACAUCGUUUAUAUUACUAUUGUAAUUCACAAAAAACUGAUUGACUCAAAAAAAAAAAAAAAAAGAAAAAACCAAUCAAACCAAAGCAUUGAUGAUCGUGAGUUUUACGCUUAUAGUAUUAUAGAAUUUAUAAUAUAGGAAAGUUCAAUUUAGAAAUAUGAUUUUAUCUUCAAAAUUUAUCGUAAAUACAAAAUAUAAUUUAAAAUUACUAUUAAUCAUAUUUUAAAAGUUAUAUACAAUAUUUCUUGAAUAAAAAAAAAAGGUUUCAAUGAUUAAUCUUCAUUACACACAUAUCAUUUCAAAAGAAGUGCCGGGAGCAAAAAGAUUAAAGAUCAAUUUUCGCAAGGACACACAAAUGUAAUAGAUGUUCUUUUCUUAUCUUCAAAACAUAUACCUUAACCCAUUAGAAAUGCCACGAUCCCCAUUUGAGGAUUAUGGAAUUUUACGUACACCACUUGGUGUACCUUUUGUGUGUAUAUAUAUAUAUAUAUAACUUAUCCGGGCAAAAAUUGAAAAAGCAACAAAUUUGGCAACAUUAAUGGGUUAAUAAUAAUCAAUUAAAAAACAUAUAGAUUAAUUUAUUUAAAAAAGAAAAUAAUUGUUAUUUUCGUGCGAGAGAUGACAAACGAAUUUCUGCGAAAUUAUUUGAAUAAUAAUGAUGAAGACAAGAUAAGAAAAGAUAUUUUUCGAGAUCCCCAAUAGUAGAAAAUAUAAAAAAGAUAUUUUUAACAAUAAAUCGAAGUUGAUGUUUACAAAAAACCUUUUCGCUUUUUCUUCUCUGUUUUUUUUAAUAUAUAUUUUGAUUCUGCUACAUCGCACCCGUUGAACAUAAAAAAAAAGAAUAAGAAAAUGUGGCGAAUUUAAUUUUUAAUCUAUCGUCUAUUUAUAAUCUCGAUAGAAUGAAUUUCAAUAUAAGCACAAUCGACGAAAUCCAUAGUUCGUUUAGAGAAAUAAUUAAUAUAAGAAAAUUAAUGAAAUAUAGAAAAAUAAUAAUAGCGAAUAUAGCGAGACACGCUUUGUUAUUAUAUAUCUAGACCGUUCUGUAAGAAACUUAUUAUUAUUAUUACGUUGUGUGUGUGUGUGAGUGUGUGUGCGUGCGUGUGUGAAUAUAUUAUCGAUGUUGUCGUCCAAAAAAUCAUAUAUAGAAAAAAUAAAGAAUUUA